ACAAGAAAAAUAAACAUAAACAGAACAAAGUUAGAGCGAGACGCGCAAAGAGUGGUGAAACGUAUUUAAUGUUAUUGCAAAUUUUCAUUGAAAUGUUGCAAUCGCAAAGCAAACUCGUAAUUGAGAACAGAUAAAAAUAAUAUCUUAUCGUUGUGUAUAUAUUAUAUACGUUAAGCAAGUGUAAUGUGCAUAAAAAUAACUGCAAAUAACAAUCGAAAACAAAAUGAAAAAAGUGCUCGACAGGGAAAAAGUUAUUUACGCAUUAGGAACAAGUCAGCUUAAUUACACUUUCAGUUGGUUAUAAUGUAUAAUUACAACGACGUAAGAGCAGCAGCAGCAGCAGCAACAUCGCUAAAGAACAAAGAACUCCAGUGCAUUAAUAACCAACUGGUGCAAACGCAGCAGCAGCACCAACAAACACAAAAACAACAAGGGCAGCAGCCGCAGUGCGACGCAUAAUUUCCUGCUUACCCACACUCUCUCACACACACACAGGCACUAAAGAGCGUGUGCUGUUGCGCGCGUGGGAAGAGGACGCCGUAACGGCCGGCCAACAAAGAAAAAUAUCUCCGCAAUAGAGAGCGCGAGCGAGAGAGAGGGACUGAGAGAGAGACAGAGAGGGCAACGACAGCAAUUCGUAUCGCAAAAAAUGACCAAUUCGAACCAUCGCCAUCAUCGAAUCGAUCAAUAAAGUAAAAAGCUAAAGCAGAAUUCGAAACAAAAAUAACAAUAACAAACAAGAAUAAGCAAUUAAACAAAUACAAGUUCCUGGUGUAAAAUCAGCCAAAAAGUGCACUUGAUACGAAUAGAGGCGGCGCGAAUGAUUAACUAACGCUCUUCAUUAAAUACGCCAUUCAAAGAGCAGCAAAGCAAAAGAGCGCUACGCAGUCUCUUAAUCAUACAUUUAUGGUUUGUUUUUGUUAAGCAGCCGAAGCAGCCACAAAAGACAAAUAAAAGCCGAAGAGCGGGGGAAAUAUCACGACAUACCCAAAUACGCAAUUUGUGAAUAAUUUAAUCGUGCAUUCACACGAAGACGCAAACAGCAGCGAGCGACGGAUAACGUCUUUCUCUCUCGUUAAGUGAGCGAACGUCAGUCGAAGAGUUGAAGCUUUAAAGAAAACAAGGAAUAAAAAGACUAAAGCGACGCUGUUAAACGCUAUCUCUUCCCACUUGAAGAGCUUAAACGAACCCUUAAUGUUUGCGCGUAGUGGUAUUAGUGCUGCGCCCAACAGCGGCAGUGGCAGAGGCAGCGCUGAUGACGGCGGCGGUGGCGGCAGCAGCGGUGGUGGUGGUGGUAGUGGGGGAGUCGCUGCUGGCAGUAUUGAGUUGCUGUGUCCACCCAGCGGCAGUAGCAGCAUUAGUGGCAGCGGCAGCUUCAGUAGCAGCGGCGCCAGUACAACGGCGACUAACAGCACCAGUGUCAGCGUCGGUGCGUCUACGCCUGCCGCAGCUUCGGACUUGUUGGACGACAGCGCUGAGAAUAACAACAAUGCGAAUACCAAUCGAAAUUUGAGCUUACAGCUGAGCAACAGCAACAACAACAAUGUGAACAACAAUAGUAAUCACAGCAAUGGUAACGGGAGCGUCAGCGUCACUGGCAGCGGCAGUAGCAGCACCAAUCUAAUCAGCGGCAUCUGCAGCAGCAUUUGGCGCACAGCGACCUUUGGCAGCGCAGCGCCCAUUGCUAGCAUUAUGGCAGCUAACAGUAAUAGCACCAGCAGCAGCAGCAGUAGCAGCAGCAAUAGCGGCAGUGUCAGUGGCAGCGGUGUUAGCGCCAGCUACUCGUCCAGCGCAUCCUCAAUUUCCCCAGCAGCCAAUGAGGCGUGUGUUGUAGAGCAGAAGCAGCAACAGCAGCAGCGUACCCAAUUGCAAAUACAGCUCGGUGCGGAGCAGGACGAGCCCCAAACAUUCCUAGGCGCCACCGAACUGGACGAUGAGCUAAUCAAACAACUGCCAAAGGAGGUAUUGCUACGCGUUUUCUCCUACCUGGACGUCGUCUCAUUAUGCCGCUGUGCCCAGGUGUGCAAAUAUUGGAAUGUGCUCGCCUUGGACGGUUCCAGCUGGCAGAAAAUCAAUUUGUUCGAUUUCCAACGUGAUAUCGAGGGUCCGGUGAUCGAGAAUAUAUCGCAACGAUGUGGCGGCUUUCUCAAAUCCCUAUCGCUACGUGGUUGCCAAUCCGUGGGAGAUCAGUCCAUCAAAACUCUAGCAAAUCACUGCCACAACAUAGAACACCUGGAUCUGUCGGAGUGCAAGAAGAUCACAGACAACUCGGUCACAGACAUCAGCAGGUACUGCAGCAAACUGACGGCCAUCAACUUGGACUCCUGUUCGAACAUAACCGAUAAUAGCCUUAAAUAUAUAUCGGAUGGCUGUCCAAACCUGCUGGAGAUUAAUGUGUCCUGGUGUGAUUUGGUGUCUGAGAAUGGAAUCGAGGCGCUGGCCCGCGGUUGUGUCAAACUGCGCAAGUUCAGCAGCAAAGGUUGUAAACAAAUUAACGACAAUGCCAUCACGUGCCUGGCCAAAUACUGUCCCGAUCUAAUGGUGCUAAAUCUACACAGCUGCGAGACUAUCAGCGACUCGUCCAUACGCCAGUUGGCCGCUAGCUGCCCUCGGCUACAGAAGCUGUGCGUGUCCAAGUGCGUGGAACUAACUGAUCUCUCGCUGAUGGCCUUGUCGCAGCACAACCAACAGCUGAACACCUUGGAGGUGUCCGGCUGUCGCAAUUUUACGGACAUUGGUUUUCAGGCGCUCGGCCGCAACUGCAAGUACCUGGAGCGCAUGGAUCUGGAGGAGUGCAGCCAGAUAACGGAUCUAACGCUGGCUCACCUGGCCACCGGUUGUCCCAGUCUUGAGAAGCUGACGCUGUCACACUGCGAACUGAUUACGGACGAUGGCAUACGGCAUUUGACCACGGGUAGCUGUGCAGCUGAGAGCCUCUCGGUGCUAGAGCUGGACAAUUGUCCAUUGAUCACGGAUCGAACGCUGGAGCAUUUAGUGUCGUGCCACAAUUUGCAGCGCAUCGAGCUCUUUGACUGCCAGCUCAUUUCACGCGCGGCCAUACGCAAGCUGAAGAAUCAUCUACCAAAUAUCAAGGUGCACGCCUACUUUGCACCUGUAACACCGCCUGCUGUGACAACGGGGCAUCGUCCAAGAUAUUGUCGCUGCUGUGAGAUUCUCUGAGAUACGGCCAUUGGCUUUGCCAGACGGAUAAUGCGCAAAUCUGCCACGGACUGAUGUUGGCCUGUUUGCAUCGUCCUGAUUGCCAUGCUCCUAAGCCUGAUGCUCAUUGCGAUCUUGUAUUAUCUCAAAUUGCUUGAAAGCAACUAUUGAACGGUGAAUGGUGACUGAUGGAAUGAUGAAUAAUGACGUCUGCAGGAGGCAAACCAGAACACAGCAACGCUCACACACACACACACACAGAGACACACACCAAUAGAAACUGUGUAUAACUAAAGCAAGAUUCUAAUAACUCGAUAUUUAAGCAUACGAAACACACGAAAUUCGUUGUCCAAAAACGAAUCGAAGCAAAACAUUUUUAUUAGUCUUUAGUUUUAUUUCUUUUGCAAGAGUUUCUAAAACUCGACCCUUCAAACAUGUAA